AUGACCUCAAAUGAAAAGAUGGAUAAUGAAGGCAUUAAAAAUAAAGGAAACUUAUCCCAUUUUACACUCGGUAACUGGGAAAAAUUACCGACUGAAGCAGACAACAACAACAAUGACGAAUGUCUGUGGAUUGAAGAAAAGUGCAGCUAUCGUCCUUUAUCAAGAGUAGAAACAGGUUCCUCCACAAAAAAAGACACUGACGUUCCAGACGCGCCGGUCGUUAAGAAAACAACGGAAAUCCGCGUUCAUUUGUGUCCACCCAAAACUUCUGUUCGUUUAAAAUCUCCGCCAUCAGUGAAUACAGUUGCACCCUUACAUAUUCUACCGCUUUCAAACGCCGGUGAAGUUUAUUUGAAAAAGGAAUGCUUUGGAAACGAGACUAGCCGUGAAAUUAGUGAUGAAGAAAAUGGCCGCAAACAUCGUAUGUCUAAAGUUGAUGAUAACACAUCUUGUUUGAUUGCGGACACGAUAGUUGGUUACGUCAGCAAGCAUAACAUUAGCGACAAUAGAAUUACACGUCUCGCUGCAAGGGAAGUGUCCAUAAAUCCAUCAAAAGACGACCUGAAUAUUGCAAGCAACUCUCCACGAAAGCCAGUAUUUUUAUCACCAUUGAAAGAUGAAGAGUGCAUAGCUGGAAAGCCGUUGACCUUAGGAUGUGAAGUAAUCGGUUGGCCGGAACCGAAGGUCUUUUGGAAAUUUGAUGGUCUCAGUUUGGACGGGCAGGAACAUUACGUAAGCGAGUACAACGGCCGUGUGGCCAUAUUACAGUUGCCCGAUCUCCACCCAUCUGAUGAGGGCACUUACACAUGUGUGGCCCAAAACAAGGCAGGUCAAGCUGAAACGAAGGCUAAUCUAACAGUAGAGAAGACGGACAAGAUUUCUUUAUCUGUUUCCUUCUCUCAAUCUACAAGUGAGCGUGGAAAAUAA